AAGAUGGCCAGAAAGAUCCUCACAAACACCAGGGAGCGAUGGAGGCAGCAAAAUGUCAACAAUGCCUUUGCCAGACUAAGGAAGCUCAUCCCCACUCACCCUCCGGAUAAAAAGCUGAGCAAGAAUGAAACCCUGCGCCUAGCAAUGAGGUACAUCAACUUCCUGGUCUCCGUACUGGGGGACCAAGGCCUGGCACAGACAGGAGUGGGGCCUCAUGGGAGCGUCUUGGGACUAUUCCAGCAAGUGCCUGGCUUGCAGAGCCUAGAGGACAUGACUCCCCUUGGAGACUCUAGGGCUCCCUCACCUGAGCCAGACAGCCAUCUCCCAGAGUGCUGGCCAGAACCAACAGUCAUAGAGCACUGAUCAGGGAGAAGUCCUCUGGGUUUUCUUGCCCCUGUUCCCCUUCUCCAAAGCAACCUACGAUUACUAGCCUUACAUUUGCUCCAUAGUUCAUUUCAUAAUGAACUGUAAGAUAAGACCCCACACAGGCACAAUAUUUAUUGAUCUCCUUGAUUAUGUUGAUCUAGUUUCCAUUUUUGCAAGAAUUCUUAACCUGGUGUCUCUGAAUUUUAACAACAAAAAAAUGAAAACUGUAUUCCAAUGUAAUUGUUUUCCUUUGUGAUCCUAUGUAUUUUAUUUUCUGAUUUUAAAACAAUGUUCUGAGAAAGGGUCUACAGACUUCCCUAGAUUGCCAAAGUGGUCCAUGACCCCCCAAAAGGUGAAGAACUCCUGAUUUAGGAGAGAAAAGACUAUUUACUUGGCUGGUGGUUUGGGGGAGAGAUGAGCACCAAACACUGGCACUGAAAGGGUUUUUAAAACAAGUUACACCUGAGCAAGUAAACUCAAAAUUAAUCUCCAGGGAGAACAAGUUAAGAGACAACUACAAAGACAAAGGUAUUAGUAUAAAAAACUACAUAUGGUACAUGUUUUUGUUCAUUAAGAGGACCUUCCUACUGCAUCCAUAGGUGACAGAUAGUCUGUAAUAAAAGAAGAACAAUUAAGAGAGUUCACAGAGCUUUAAAGACUCCCUAGUUUGGUAACCCCAUCAUUUUGCAGAUUAUCAGUAAAGUACACAAAAGUAAAUUGAUUUAAUUGCAGAAAUGAAAGUUGAUUCCAAGUUUUCUUAGCCCAAAUCUUUAAUCUUUGCCCCACUAUACCAUCCAGUCUCCUAAAUGAAUCAGAUCUCCAUUUUGUGUGUGUGUGUGUGUGUGUGUGUGUGUGUGUGUGUGUGUGUGUGUGGAGAAUAAUUCAUUAAUUGUCAAAUUCCUUGAUUGCAUUGUAUUAUUGGCAUGUUAAAACAUUAAUGGAGCCUGGGGUACCUGAUUAAGAGAUGUGUGCAAGUAUAACAUAUUAAAGGGGAUUUGAAUGCUAUAAUUUACUGACUAAUACAAAUAAAUCCAAUGAACACACUUUGUGUAAAUAGUAAAUGAUUGGAGUUGUCAGUAGUUGUAAAAUAAAACUCUAAUUAAUUGAUUUGCUAGUUUUUCUUCCUACCAUAGAACAUUCUCAGUGUUUAUGAAGAUUGAAUAAGACCAUGUAUGUAGAGUGUAUUGCAGACCUUAAAUCAUUAUGUAAAUACGAGCUAUUGUCUUUAUUACUGUAAUACAGCAAGCAAGGCAAACACAUGGACCUAGCAGAAUUUACUGUUUUGUGUCACCCUCGUACCUAGAUUCUAAGAUAAAUUGCCUUGCUCAACACAGAAUAUAAAUCACUUCAUUUGACUGUUUCUGUGACAUUUCGUUUCCUCAAAAUUCUUGGCAAUCCAUUGGUUAUUUAAAAAAAAAACCCAACCUUCUGAGCUGCAGGUAGGAAAUUGAUAGAUUUAAGAUUAGAGAUUUCUACUUUGCACAUAAUAUCUGAAUUUAAAUUUCCUGUCACUUCAGAAAGAAAGUAAUUUAUUUUAGGGAGACUAAAAUGAGCCUUGCAUCUUCAUUUCCUUAGUCUGGCCAUCAGAAAAAGACUGGAUGAGAUGCCCACUCCAAACAGGAAGUUGUUUCUGACACUAUUUGACACUUUUUACAAGUAGUCUACCAAGUGAAACAAGUUUUCCAUCAAGGUCAUUGAUAAAUGCAUUAGAGUUCUUUCCCCAGGAAAAGCAUAAAAGACAAUGGAUUUCCUCCAAAUUUGAUUUUUUUUACGCUAGUGAAGAUCUUUAUGUAAACUAAACUUUGUCCAAAAAUUAUUCAUUAUCUAAUUGUUUGAUUUUUGAACCUUCAAGACAGAAUGAGGGGGCAGCUGGGUGGCUCAGUGGCUUGAGAGCCAGGCCUAGAGAUGGGAGCUCCUAGGUUCAAAUCUGGCCUCAGACAUUUCCCAGCUGUGUGACCCUGGGCAAGUCACUGGAAUCCCAUUGCCUAGCCCUUACCACUCUUCUGCCUUGGAGCCAAUACACAGCAUUGACUCCAAGAUGGAAGGUAAGGGUUUAAAACAAAAAGACAGAAUGAAUUUCCUGUCUCUUGAUAAGAAUGUCUCUCAAGGACUAUAAAGUCAGCCCAGCACUUACUUGCUGUUCUAAUGUUUAUAGGGUUUUCCAAACCUCCCUUUACUUUUAAUUUGUGCCUGAAGAAGACAAAGUCUCACUGUACAGAUAAAGAAGAGGUGAUAUGACUUGCUAAGAAAUGGUGCAGUUUUGUAUUCUUUGGAAUGUCAGCCUUGUGAGAUGGAAAUGCAGAUGCAUCCUCGCUUUAUGUAAGGGGUAAAUUGCUAAAAAGUUGUGUGGAAAUGGAAUUUCUGUGAAUUAUGUCUUAUGUUCUAGAAGAAAUGGCUUUUUAGUGGAACCUUGAAUCCUUUUGUAAAAUGAAAAAUUCUUUAAUGAUGUGAAUCAUUAUCUCAUGAUGAUCUGUUUUGUAAGUUUAGAUUUUUGUAUGUUGUCGUUCCUAUAUUUAAAACACCUUCCUGCUGUACCCCACGAGAGAGGCAGAUGGCUCCCAUGCUACUCUGCUUAAUUCAUAUCAAAAUGCAUAGCAAGCAGGGCUAUUUUAGAUUUUUUGGCUCCAAUUGUUGACUCUAUAUGUCCCAGAUACAAAGGAUUUAUAAUCCUAUCAUUCUUUAUUAAUUCUAGGAAAUUGAGGUCAGUUCAUUUCUUCUUUUCUGAAAAACUUAAUGAUUGAUUGGAUUGCAACCUAUUGGGUCAGACCAGUCCCUUGCCAUUUACCUGGAUAAGAGCCUGAAGGGAGUAUCAGAUCUGUAGUCAUAUAUGUGCAGUCAAAAGAUGCAAUAAGAAAUUAAAGUAUAAAUUCAAACAACAUUUAUUAAGCAUCUAUUGCAUAUGACUCCUUGGAAUUAGGCCUUGGAGGAGAUAAAAAGCUUAGAUUGCAUAUUCCUGGCUUUUAUUUACUUUGAUGGGGGUAUGUGGAAUGAGAAACAGUCACAAAUAACUACAGUGAGCAAUAAUAAUACACAGUGCUUUAAAGGGCUACAAAGCGAAGCACUGUAUGGAGUCAUGCAGUAUUAUUGUUAUUGUUGAGUUGUACCUGACUCUUUGUGAUCUCAUAUGGGGUUUUCUUGGCAAAGAUACCAUAGUGGUUUUCCAUUUCUUUCUCCAGCUUAUUUUACAGAGGAGGAAACUAAGGCAAAUAAAUUUAACUGGCUCAGGGUCAAGGAGCUAGGUAAGGGUCUGAGGCCGGAUUGGGACUCAGGAAGAUGUCUUUCUGACCAGGCCUAGAGACCUCUAGAAAUGCCGUUUAAAGAGCACUAAAUUUGGAGUCACAGGACCUGGGUUCAAAUCCUAUUUCUCCACUUACUAUAUGGGUGACUUUGGAAAAAUUACUUAACCUCUCUGGGUCUCAGAUUCUUCAACUAUAAAAUGAGGGUGAGAUGGCUUCUAAGAUCCCUUUUAGAGCUAAAUCUAUGAAUUAUUACUAUCAUUAGCAAAGUCUGAGAAGGGAGGAGGCUUUGUGGAGAAGGAUGGAUUUGUGUUCAACUUUAAAGAACAUUUAGUUCCUGUGAAUCCCUCAGAUUUCUAGAUCUUACAUCCUGGUUAUGGAAAAGUAUAAGGUUAUGGUUAAAUCCUCUUUUGGGUUUGGCAGGCAGGAUGGUGCAGGGUUAGUUAGUUGCUUAGCUAAAAUUAUCAUCUUCUGUAUAAACCCUGUUUAAGCUUUUGCAUGAAGAAAUACUGUGCCUGCAAAAAUCUAUUUUCACCAGUAAUAUAUUCUAGACAAUGUAUCUGUUUUAAUAAGGCUGAAACAGAUAAAAGGGUUCAAUCAAGUACCAUUUCUUUUAUAUGCCUUUCCCAAAAAAAUGAUAUCAAUUUGUACUCAUGUUUAUUUUUAUUCCAGUAAUUUCUGUUCUCUAUAGUUUACUUGUGAUUAGAUGUAUUGACCAAAGAGUCUGUUUGUGGAUCUAUUUGUGAAUUAUGUUAUUUAACUCUUAAUUUAUUCCAAAUAAAUUAUUUCA